AUGGCCAAGAUAGAUGCUCAGAUCCGCUCGGUGAAAACUCGACUUGCAUUAACUGGUACAUACGGUGUUGUACAAUGUGCUCCAGCAACAAUACCAACAAUUUGCAAAUACGAACAUGUCGGGAAGGCAUUGUUUUCAGACUGCUGUCCUGGGCGUCUUCAAAUGUUGAUGUUAUAUCUUUCCCCAUUGGCAAAGUUCCCAGGGCCGAAGUUAGCAGCCGCGACGCUAUGGUAUGAAUUUUAUUAUGAUGCUGUUCGCAGGGGCCGAUACACGUUCAAGAUUAAGGAGCUACAUCAAAAAUAUGUUGCACAACGUGAAGGUCUGUCCAUCAGCUUGUCCACAGACUUUGCGAAUACUUGGGAGCAAUUCCGGGUCACUGGCAAGACAAUGCCACUGUCGCUUGGGUAUACAUGUUUGGCGACGGACCUAAUCGUUUCAUACGUGCUAGAUGAAAACCAACAAUGGCUCGACGCACCUGAGUGGCUUCCACAUUGGAGGUGGGCGUUGCGAACUUUAUCAGAAAUGGUGAUGGUAUCUAGGCAGGUCACCUGGUUACUUGAAAUUUUAAAACACUUCCCUCGAGCCUGGGUAUCCUCCUCAAACCCUGGUCUGGGCUUGUUUUUUGAACUGGAAGAACGAUUUCGUCGUAAGAUUGAUGAAAUACAAAUAGAUAGAGGUAAAGGCUCUCAGCGUGUGGAAACGGAAAUAUCAAAGGGAUACACGUUGAUCGACCAAAUCCUUGAUUCUAAUUUGGAAGUUGAAGAGAAAACUCCUGAGCGAAUUCUCCAAGAAAUCCGAUCUACAACAGCUGCGGGUAUUGAAACAACGUCAAACGCGCUAACUGUCAUAACAUACCAUCUUCUCGACAAUCCAGACAAACUCCAAAAACUUCAAAACGAGCUUUCCAUUUUGGAAGACGGUGGCAAUUCUGAGCAGCAAGUCCACGAGCUGGGAAAGCUUCCAUACCUGGUUUGUCUCCUGGUGUACGGAACCCAGAUUGACAGAAGACUUCGGUCAUCCUUGAGGGAUUGCGGUAAUGAUGGCCAGUGGAAAGUGAUGUUGUCGUACGGAGUAAGCACACGGCUGCAACGGAAGUCGCCUGAGCAAGCAAUUCAGUACAAGAAUUACUGUAUUCCUCCAGGAACUCCCGUUGGAAUGACAUCGGUUCUCAUGCACCACAAUGAAACCAUCUUCCCAAACUCAUGCAAGUUUGUUCCAGAGCGCUGGCUGGACCUGCAGGAACGAAAGCGACUUGAGAGAUACCUGGUGUCCUUCGGGAAGGGUUCUCGGCGAUGCGUUGGGCAACGUCUAGCGCAGACGACACUGCUUAUCGCAAUUGCUACUAUUUUCAGGAAGUUUGAACUUCAGCUGUGGGGUACGCUAAAGAACGAUAUUGAGAUUAGCCAUGACCUUUUUGUCCCAAGGCCAAAGAACACGAAAUCGAUUGGUUUACAAGUCCGGGUCUUGAAGAAGUACUAG